AUGAUACUUGAAUAUUGUGUUGGAGAAUUACAAGAAAUGCUUGAAAGUAUUGAAAGCCAUAAGUUCCCAAUUUGGCAAGCCCAUGGGUAAGUGCAUUAUUUCUAAUUUGCUUUAGACUAUAUAUAAUGGCUCAACAAGGGCCAUAUGCAUUGCUAAGAUUUACUCUUUUAUUGGUAUUGCAUGUAUCCAGGGGUUGGAAUUUGAAAAUCUUUUUGUCGCCCAAGUGGCACCAGUAAAUAAGAUCUGGUCACCAAAUUUAGUAUCAGGUUGCCCUACAUAAUAUCAAUGUGUUAUGAAGUAUUCUCUUUGUAUUUUGAUAACAUAAGAAACCAGCUGUUGAAUAUGUUCAGGCAAAUUAUAUGCAAAAGCAUAUAAUGAAAUACUUGAUCACUGACCAAGGGAAUUACUUUGUUAUUUAAAUUUUUUCCCAGUCACCAUGAGGGCUACCUUUGAUAAAUAUUUGAUUGGUGUCAAAACUUUUGGAAGAUAUGAGCCACUCCAACAUGGACUCUCAUUACAGAUUGUAUAUUGUACCGUAACCACUGAGCUGGCUCUCAAUGAAAGGAAUUUUCAAAUAAAAAUUGACUUGGUGGCAAUCGGUCACCUGUAUAAAUUUUUCCUGGUGAAAAUGACUACAAAUGCAAAUGUUAAUACUAUCAUUUAUUAUUUUAGAUAUUUUGUUCAGCUGCUGGUUGGCUUGGAAUACCUUCAUGGCCAAGGAGUAAUUCAUAAAGAUAUCCUUUUGAAAUCUGUUUAAGAUGGUCUUCAUUACAAAAUACCCCCUUUCAUUGCAAAGUGCCUGCUACAUUGUUUGUACAUGUCUAAAUAUCCUAGCCUGCAUGAUACUCUAGACAAUUAUUCAGCACGACAUGUACAGUACAAAAUAACAUCAAAAAAAGAAAAUAUGUUAUGUGUAAAUAUAUAGGAGUGUUUUGGCAAUGUUGUGGAAUCUUUCAACUUAAGGCUGUUUUCCAGUUAAUGUGGUUUGAUAGGGAUACAACUAGCUGAAAAAUACAAGCAGAACGUCGACGUUUUAAGCGAAGGCCCAUCUAGAUGGUGUCUGCUUUCCACUUAAACAUUUGUAUACACACGCACGGAAAAUAUAUUUAUUUAUUUCUAAAUUUCAUAUUUGUGCUGAUGACCUCAACAAAUACACUUUAAAUCAUACAGAAAACUAAAUGCUAACUUUUUAUUUAUUCAUCUAUUAAUUCACAAGUAAUUUUUAAAUGGAUUCAAACUUUUCUGCGCACGUAAAAAUGCUUAACUGGAAAGCUGCCUUUGAGUUAUUGUUGCAUAUUCAAACGUUUUUGAGUAUAUAGUGAAAAUUCUUCCCAUUAAUAGAGAGGUUCAGAUUUGACACAACCUCUCACUGGCUUAGUACGCAUCUGAUUGACUAAUUGGAUAAUCAUUAUAUCAAACGCAUCUGAUUGGUUAAUGGCCCCUUAAUUUUAGCAGCUGCGGUAGUGCAGUCAAAUAUGAACAUCUAGAACUUAAUUUUAAAAACCGGAAAACCGGAUCCUUAAAAAUUGCGUUGUCUUAACAAUUAUGUACGACUCGUGAGCCCACUUUUUAUAGUUCAAAACCGUUUUCACUGUCAACAUUUAUUCACCGGUCAGUUUUCCAUUAUCAACAUGGUAUCUGCUGACGUUAAAUACGAACCGAACAACACAUUUUGUGACUUCGUGAACAACGCGUUUUUGUGACUCAUUCUUGGGGAAAUGCUGUAUAAUCAACCUAGAACGGUCUGUGUGAGUGUAGGUAGUGCUGAUAAUCAGAAAGCGUCGGGUUGAUAGGGAUGCAACUACCUAAAAAAUACAAGGAGAACUUCGACGUUUCGAGCGAAGGCCUUUGUCUGGAAGUUAGUAGGAACAGGUAAUUGCAUCUCUACCAAUCCGAAUCUUUCUGAUAAAAUCAACCAAUAACAUAACCUGCCCAAAUAGGUUUGCAUGGCGACCUGGAUGAAGUACACUGGAAAAAAAAAGUGAAAUCCAUACUACGAAAUUUGCAAUUGUACCACUAAAUCCAUAGUAUAUCCAUACUACUUCCAUACUAUAUCCAUACCAUGGAAAUAUACAAUUAUUAUGGAUAACCAAAAUCCAUUCUAUUUCCAAUAAAAGUCCAUACAAUUUCCAUUCUAUGAGUGGUAAUUUUAACAAAAACGAAAGAAAGCUUUAAAAAGACGGUGGAUGAUACGAACAUAACAUUUUUUGUACUGGCGCUACAGUAUAUCUUCAAACCGCAAUUUUUUUCUGUAUUCCUUAUGUUUACUUGCAACUAAAUUGUAUAUUGACGUAUUAUUUCUUAACAAAGUGCAAAUAUUAAACCCAGCAAUUUACUUCUAGCAACUGAUGGUACUUUAAAAAUCAGUGACUUUGGUGUGGCUGAGGUAAUAAUCUGACCCCUGUUGUUGUGGUUUUCUGACAAUUUUCUUUUAGUAUUUUUUGUUGUAUUCGUGUAUUGCUCCCUUUAUUUAUACUUGUAUAUACUUGCAUUUGUGUUGCAGUUUUCGUAAUGUAUGUAUUUUAUGUUUAUUGCUAUAUUCUGACUUUUUUAAAAUUUUAGCAAGGUAUUAAAUUGUAACUAUAACAAUUUGCGCAACUUGUAAAUAAGAUGACGCGAUAGAGUACUCUGAGUACUAAAAUUUCUUCCUAAAUUUCUUCCUGGUUGUGAUAAAAAAUGGUUUCCCUCAUGACCAGGUCAUGCCGGACGAUGUGAAAUAGUGGAAGAUCUUUCUUGUGUUUUGUGUGCUGUAUACAAAUCAGUCUUUAUUGUAAGGGCCGAUCUGGCCUCAUUUGUUAUAGGGAGAGUGGACGUUUUCUAGAGAGGCUGCAUUAGGGGAUGUGGGGGCAUUCAGUAGUUGAAAGCUAUGACUUCAAUGGGUGAACUAAUUCGCCUCCUCGUCAGCAUUUCGCGAGUUGUCUGCUACUGGUUAUAGAUCAUUUUAACAAGUCCCGGUGUAUGGCGCUAUCCAACCUUCGUACAAUUAACAGACCUCUACUGGCGUUAAAGAGAAUUUAGAGUGCUGAGAAGCAGGUGGUUGCUCGUGAAGUAUUUAUGUCUACAUUUCUCAGAAAUCUCAGCACAUGUCUGUCGUUGUAAAAUUUUGUUGCUACAGUAGGUUUGAUUUAAUCCAUUUUCGGCAAUUACUGCAUGCAUUACAUAUAAAUUUGUUUGUGUUGUUUAGAGGUUAGAUAUGUUUGCGCCAGAUGAUACUUGCAGGACAAGUCAAGGCUCACCCGCGUUUCAACCUCCAGAAGUUGCAAAUGGUUUAGAAUCUUUCUCUGGUUUUAAAUUGGAUAUUUGGGCAGCAGGUGUGACAUUGUAAGUAAAUAGUUUUUAUCAUUUACUUUGUACUAAAUAUAUAACCUUUCUGGUGUAAGAAUUCCUAUGGCUAUGUGAUACUAAUACUGUUGAUACUGAUCAUUGUUGUAUCUUGCUUUGACACGUUGCGUCUUGUUAAUUUAUUUAGAUUUUAGACCUACUAAGUACUAUAGCAAUUAUACAAGGUUAACAAUAUACACCUGUACAGUAUAUAUAUUAUUCAGCUCACUCUGUAUGAUCGGGGCUUUUCGGUGACCGAUUACAUCAAGUAUUUCGCUUACUAAACUUCCGGAGAAAACUCGCGACUUUAUAACAAACAUACUUGCAAGUUCGGUGAGUCCGGGAUUGGACGCACCGAGGGUGGCUGGAAGUUUCCCGAACUCCAAAGUUUCCCGAAACUUCCAGCCACCCCGCGAGGUGCGUCCAAUCCCGGACUCACCGAACCUGCAAGUAUGUUUGGUUUUUAUCACAUGCCAUUUCGAUAAAAUACUAAAAAGUACUGAAGAAUUUUAUAGUGACGCAUUUUACUUUUUAGUAUAUAAUUGUGUGUUUGGAUAACGAACAUUUUAGCCGCCAACAUAGUGCGCAAACAAACAAACUUAGGCUUAAAUUAAAGCUAAAAAAAUUCUCUACAAUAUUCCCUUAUUCUUGAAAAGAGAAAAUAAACACAUUCUGCGAAAACAAUGCCAAGAUUUAUAUAAACCUGCCCGUGCCGAACAAAUUUCUCUUCCACUUUGAAUACAGAAUAUUCCAUUUUCAUCAAACAAAAUAUGAUAAUUAUAAAACAAUUAAAAACAGUUAAUUUAUUUUUUAUUUAAAUCUUCGUCUGAAAUUUGUUCAAAUCGCUUCAUAUAAUGGCCGCCGCCGAAACAUCGAUCUCGAACCCACCUCCUAAACAUACGUCAGCAGGUGGGUUCGGGAUUGAACGCACCUCCUCGUAGCCAAUCGAACCCACGAUCUCAGAGACGACUGCGCCACCGAAGAAAAUAGAAAAAAUAUGAAAAUUGAAUGACGAAAUAUAACUCCAGUCAGCAGAUAAAGUAUCUAUCCUCAGCCCCUUGAUCAUCAGGUGGCUCAACAGUGAAACCAGUUAAACUUAAGUGCUAGAACCUCUGGUUUUAUAAAUGAUGUUUUUAAUAUACCAGAAUAUAGUGUUCAAUUGGAUACUUUGUCACUGUCCUAUAUAACAGUUAAAGCAGUUAUGAACUCUCAUUAACUCGCAGAAAAAUCAAUGUUCCCUUGUAUUCCCAGGAAAUAAAAUAUUUUUCCACCCAUGGGAGGUCCUGUAUGUAGUUACAGAUAUCUUUUGUUUUAUAUUUCUGUAGGUAUAAUAUAACGACUGGCUUGUAUCCAUUUGAAGCGGAUAAUAUAUACAAACUCUUUGAAUGUAUUGGGAAAGGAGAAUUUACUAUGCCAUCAGAUGUAGAUUCAAAUUUAGAAAACCUCUUACGGGGUAGGUUCUUAGACAGAUUGUACCGUUUGUAGAUUAUACCGGUAGGAAUUGAACCUGCGGCCAAGAGACCUAUAUAGUUGGCAGCUAUUUCUGAUUAGGUCUAAUAAAUGUAUAUAAAUUUCCAUUCUACAAUAUACAAGACCCUUCAACUAUUAUUCAGUCGAGUGAGAUAAAUCAUUUGUAUAUAUUUUGAAAUUUUGGUGAGAGACAACCUAACUAGCCUCGUUUUCGUGCAAUUCGCAAUAGGCCUCCAUAGUUGCCUGUUCUUUUGUGAUAGGGAGGGCUAUUAUAGCUUACAUGAUUUGUGGAAACAUGGCGGGGCUCUCCAACUUGAUAUUUCCUCAUAACCCGACAUGGCACUACCCUAGUAUAUAUACAUGAACUUGUGGUUAGAGCUCGACAACUGGACUCCGUAGCUCGGGUGUUUAGAGCUCGACAACUUGACUCCGUAGCUCGGGUGGUUAGAGCUCGACAACUUGACUCCGUAGCUCGGGUGGUUAGAGCUCGACAACUUGACUCCGUAGCUCGGGUGGUUAGAGCUUGACAACUUGACUCCGUAGCUCGGGUGGUUAGAGCUUGACAACUUGACUCCGUAGCUCGGGUGGUUAGAGCUCGACAACUUGACUCCGUAGCUCGGGUGGUUAGAGCUCGACAACUUGACUCCGUAGCUCGGGUGGUUAGAGCUCGACAACUUGACUCCGUAGCUCGGGUGUUUAGAGCUCGACAACUUGACUCCGUAGCUCGGGUGGUUAGAGCUCGACAACUUGACUCCGUAGCUCGGGUGGUUAGAGCUCGACAACUUGACUCCGUAGCUCGGGUGGUUAGAGCUCGACAACUUGACUCCGUAGCUCGGGUGGUUAGAGCUCAACAACUUGACUCCGUAGCUCGGGUGGUUAGAGCUCGACAACUUGACUCCGUAGCUCGGGUGUUUAGAGCUCGACAACUUGACUCCGUAGCUCGGGUGGUUAGAGCUCAACAACUUGACUCCGUAGCUCGGGUGGUUAGAGCUCGACAACUUGACUCCGUAGCUCGGGUGUUUAGAGCUCAACAACUUGACUCCGUAGCUCGGGUGUUUAGAGCUCAACAACUUGACUCCGUAGCUCGGGUGUUUAGAGCGCUGCACCGAAUUGCAGGUUUGAUUCCUGCCAGGGACUUAUAGUUGCAUUUUUCGCAGCUGUUCCUGUAAUCCUGGUUAGGUCUGAUAAAUUUCCACUCGAUGAUUCCCAUCUACAAGAUCCUUCAUCUGUGGAUUUCUAACUUGAGCAAGAACGUUGGCAAAAACCUUGUGGUUGAUACUGGGAAUAUGAAGAGUGCCUGUGUGACAGGCACGUUACAAUGACAAUAUGCAUUCUGAUCAAAUUUCUAUUCAAAUAUAUUUUCAAAAUAACUACGCGAACAGUCAGACAUAUAGUUAUAAGUAAAUUAACUUUUCUUAAUUAAUUUUAAUAGCUUGUAGAAAAUGUUAGAAGAAAAUCUUGUUUGUCACUUUAAAAAUUAAAAAUUUCUAACUUGAGCAGUCAACUAAAAAAUGCUGUCAAUAUUUUUAGGUAUGCUAAAGCGUGAUUCAUCAGAAAGACUAUCCUUACAGGACAUCCGACAACACAAGUUAGUGUUUAGUUUCAUAUUAUUCUGACACUGCAGAGUACAACGAAAAAUUCUUUACUUUUGAGCGAGAUUCGAUAUCGCAUCUUCGGGUUUGUAGAUCGCCGCUAGCUUUUUAGAAACUAGUUUUUCACAUCUCUGAGGAUGGUUCUGAAAUAGAAUUGAAACAUUGCGUGUCGGGUCGUCGAAAAUAUUUCGUGCACUUAAAUUGGAUAAGACUCGCUACCAAUCCCCCGUUGGCUCGAUACCAAACCCCGUUGACUCAAUAGGUCAACGGGUAGAGCGAAAACAGAAGUGUACUAUACAGGGUGUAUCAAAAAAAACUGAACAGAUUUAAAAUUGCUCUCAAUUUCGCAAAACAGCUAUUUGUAUCUGGUUUUUUAUAUAUAUAGCUUCUUUGGGUACUUAUAAUGUAAAAUAAUGAAAAAAAUUUCUCGAACUCAAAUUUUGUGAACCAGGGGGGGUGUCUUUUCCAACAAACUAAAAAUGGCUCGCGCACAAAAUUUAAAAGCUGCAAUCAUAUGUUGAGUUAACAGAUGGAAAAUUUGUCGGGAUUUUAAUUACUGUACAAAAUUUCAGACAAUUUGGUUUAGUUUAAGCCCCUUAACUAUUCACGCAAAGUUACAAUUUUCCCGAAAAAUCAGCUAUUUGCAUGCUUAAUUAAUGUAUUUGCCUAAUUUGCAUAUGUCAGCAAUAUGCAAAUUAGGUAAAGGCAUUAAUUAAGAAUGCGAAAGGCUGACUUUUUAGAACAAAAUGAAUAGUUAAAGGGCUUAAACUAAACCAAAUUGUCUGAAAUUUUGUACAGUAAUUAAAAACCCGACAAAUUUUCAAUAUAUCAACUCAAAAUAUUAUUACAGCUUUUAAAUUUUGUGCGCGAGCCAUUUUUAGUUUGUUGGAAAAGACACACCCCCCUGGUUCACAAAAUUUGAGUUCGAGAAAUUUUUUUCAUUAUUUUACAUUAUAAGUACCCAAAGAAGCUAUAUAUAUAUAAAAAAACAGAUACAAAUAGGUGUUUUGCAAAAUUGAGAGCAAUUUCAAAUCUGUUCAGUUUUUUUUGAUACACCCUGUAUAUCUGAUCGAUUAUAUUACUGUUGCAAAAUUUCAAGUAUGUAAAUUCCAUAUAUUUAAUAAAAUAACCCGCAAACCCCGACCCAUUUUAAUUUAGUUUCAUUUCCAAUUGUUUAGUUGGGUAAGAAAAAAACACCCAGCUCUUGGUGAGUAUGUACCAAUGCCACCACUACAAGAUGGUGAUCCAUAUCGCAGUAUGAGUGUUGUACCAUACCUUGAAGAUCUACAUUGUCCAGAGAGUGGUUCUCUCAUUGAUGAGGAUGAUACUGUCACUGACACUCUGUGUGUACCAGGUAAGGAAGAUAAUAGAAUUGUAUUGGUGAAGGUUGAGCAUGAUAUAUUCUCUCUAGACCACAGGAUUCUUCCCUGUCGUAAAACUGGUCGUCCAGAAAAUGCCGUGGGUGUGGCCAACAAUUUUUCUGGUGGUGAUAAAAGUCUCGUAGUAAAACAAGACUAACGAGAUCAUGGCGUACGUUCAUAAUUAAUAUUUGUUUUUGCCAUCAAUUACCAUCUGUUAAAAAGUGGCCGUCCAUAGCAGGAUUUGACGACCGCCUUUGGCGAGGGUUGAAGCCAUAAGGACGUCUAAGAGACAGGCUGACGACCGCCCGGAUAAAUGCCUGAAUUUUACUUAAGUAUACAAAUACCAUCAUUCAUCAUUCUCGUUCAAUUAUGCAAUUUUACUAUCUUGCUUCAUAAUCAGGUUUGAAAUUCCUGAAUGCUUAUACAUUAAUUUCGAAAACUAAACUUGACCAAACCAAGCGAAAUAACUAAAACGCAAGAGAAGACACAGGGACGUUUGAUAUCUAUAUUCCGUACUUCUGAUGGAAAGAAGUUGCUAUUUAACAUCAUCUAUAAUCUGUAUAAAACAAAACACGCCAUUGAUUCGUGGUGCUUCAGAGAGAGCUGUGAUUGGCUAGAAAAUAUUACGUCACUAAAAUGGCGUUAUCGCCGUGCAACUUUCGACCCCUAUUUGAUAAAUAUUUACUGGCAUAUAUUGAAUAAUAUUUCUACAUAUAUUUAGACGCCGAGGAACCGCAUGAUGUUGAAAGUCCCGAGUCAACACAAGUUCUAAAGAAAAAGAAAUCAAAGAAGAAAGGAAGCUUCGUAUCAUGUAAGCAACAAUGACUUGUAUAUAACUUAAAGCCGGUUUUCUACCAGGCUGAAUUUUGCGCGCGGAGCGGAAUUUUUCUUGUCUUUUCUAAUUAGUUCCACACGAGAAAUCACAAGACAAAGAAAAUUUCCGUCCCGCGUACAAAUUUCCGCCUAGUGGAAAACCGGCUUAACGUUUUUCUCAAAACAAUCCGCGGAAAGCGAAAAAACAAUUUCAUGUGGUAAUAUAGUCCGAAGAAUGGGUUCUACUUUUGUAAAAGUACAAGGCUUUCACGGUUGUAAAAUCAUUGUAAAGUUACAUCAUCAUUAUACGAUCACUGAAAUUUUUGAGGUGGGGGUCAGGUGACCCCUCGGCCACUGCCGAAGUGCAACAUUGAUUUGUCUUAUCUUCCUUUCUAGUGUUACCGCAUUCAUGUAUCCAUGGUAACAAGUAA